AUGGCAGGAUCCUGCGAGAUCAGCAACAUCUUCUCCAACUACAUCAGCGCCAUGUACCAGCCAGAUGAGGUGCAGCCCACCCUGGAUGUGCUGGGACACCUUGGAGAUGACACCACCCUGGGGUUGAGCCUCCCCACCAGCCAGCCCCUGGCACAGAGCACAGACAAGCCGGAGUGGUUCAGUGAGCUCCCGUACUUCUGGACCAAGGUGCAAGUGCUGGAGUGGAUCAGCUACCACGUGGAGAAGAACAAGUAUGAUGCCAGCUCCAUCGACUUCUCCUGCUGCAACAUGGACGGGCACGCGCUCUGCCACUGCUCCCGCGACCAGAUGCGCCUCAUCUUCGGGCACCUGGGGGAUGAGCUCUACGACCGCCUGCACGAGAUCACCUCUGAUGAGCUGAACUGGAUCAUUGACCUGCUGGAAAAAGAAGAUGUGACUUCCCAACAGUCCUUCCUGGGUUCCAGCCACCUGGAGCUGGGAAAUCCCUGUGCCAAGGAGUCCCUGGAGGACAUGAAGCCCACAACCCCUUUCCUACCCACAGACAUCACCUGCUUCCCUGAUGCUAUGUCCCCAGGCAGCUCUGAUGUCUCAGGGCCUGUGAUGUUGCACAGUCCCAACUCCCAGGACUCCGGUGGAAGUGACCUUGAGCUUGACCCCAUGGAAGCAAAGCUCUUCCCUGAUAAUGACUAUGCAGGGAGCAAGAAAGGGGACAGCAAACACGGCAAGCGGAAACGGGGCCGGCCCCGAAAGCUCAGCAAGGAGAGCAGAGACUGCCUGGAGAGCAGGAAGAGCAAGCACUCCCCAAGAGGUACCCACCUGUGGGAGUUCAUCCGGGACAUCCUGAUCCACCCCGAGCUGAAUGAGGGGCUGAUGAAGUGGGAGGACCGGCGGGAGGGCGUCUUCAAGUUCCUGCGCUCGGAGGCGGUGGCACAGCUCUGGGGCCAGAAGAAGAAGAACAGCAGCAUGACCUACGAGAAGCUGAGCCGGGCCAUGCGGUAUUACUACAAGAGAGAGAUCCUGGAGAGGGUCGACGGCCGGCGUCUGGUCUACAAGUUCGGGAAGAACUCCAGCGGCUGGAAGGAGGAGGAGGUUCUCAGCAGGAAAAAGGAUCUGUAG